GUUUCCUUCCCAAACCCCUUAACCAGUGCAGAGAAGAGAAGAGCUUCCUUCAAAAUCUUCUUCUCCCGACUGAAACCCUAGUUUCCCAGAAAUCCCUCUCCCUCAAUCCAUGAAAAUUCCUCCAAUUCCUAACUGAGAUAUCUCUAUAAUCCAUCUCAACCCUAAUCUUCAAUUCUAACCUCUGUAACAACUCUACUCUCUCUUUCUCUCUCUACAAUGUCUCUCCUUCCCGUAGAGUGUGCGUUCGUUACAGAGGAGCCCCUCCGCGAAUGGAGGAACGGAAACUCUAGCUUCAGGCUCGCCGGCCCCGUUCCCAUGCUCCGCUUUCUCUACGAGCUCUGCUCCGUCAUGGUUCGAGGAGAGUUGCCAUUUCCGAAGUCUAAAGUGGCGUUGAAUUCGGUUGUGUUCUCCGAAAGAGUUUCCGGCGGGGAGUUGGGUUCCGGUUUUGCAGAUAUCGUUACUCAAAUGGCGCAAGAUCUUACAAUGCCUGGAGAGUAUCGUGCUCGUCUUUUAAAGUUGGCAAAAUGGCUGGUGGAGUCUGGCUUGGUUCCGUUGAGGCUUCUGCAGGAGCGCUGUGAGGAAGAGUUUCUGGCGGAGGCUGAAAUGAUAAAGAUAAAGGCUCAAGAGUUAAAAAGUAAAGAGGUUAGAGUAAACACCCGUCUUCUUUAUCAGCAAACUAAAUUUAAUCUUCUCAGAGAAGAGAGUGAAGGGUAUGCGAAGUUGGUUACCCUUCUUUGUGGAAACACGGAAUCUCCAUCGUGCAGCGUAUCAGGAGCAACAAUUGGCAUAAUUAAGUCAUUAAUUGGACAUUUUGACCUGGAUCCAAAUCGUGUCUUUGACAUUGUAUUAGAAUGUUUUGAGCUUCAGCCAGACAAUAAAAUCUUUUUGGAGCUAAUUCCAAUAUUUCCCAAGUCUCAUGCUGCACAAAUUCUUGGUUUUAAGUUCCAAUAUUAUCAGCGUCUGGAAGUAAACUGUCCUGUACCAUUUGGAUUAUAUAAGCUUACAGCCUUGCUGGUGCAGAAAGGUUUUAUAGAUCUCGACUCCAUAUAUGCACAUUUACUUCCGAAGGAUGAUGAGGCAUUUGAGCAUUAUAAUGCAUUAUCUUCUAAGCGACUUGAUGAGGCUAGAAAGAUUGGGAAAAUAAAUCUUGCUGCUACGGGGAAAGAUCUAAUGGAUGAUGAGAAACAAGGACAAGGAGAUGUGACCAUAGAUCUUUUCACUGCUUUAGACAUGGAAACUGAGGCGGUGGCUGAACGGUCUGAAGAGCUUGCGAAUAAUCAAAUUUUGGGCUUGCUCACUGGCUUCCUUUCUGUGGAUGACUGGUACCAUGCAAAUUUGCUUUUUGAUUGUCUCUCACCUCUAAAUCCAGUGGAGCAUUUACAAAUCUGUAACAGCUUGUUUAGGCUCAUUGAAAAAUUAAUCUCUUCAAUAUAUAACACUAUUCAUCAAGCCCAUCUCCAAAAAUCUGGUUCUUCUGGAGCCAGUGUUGAUGCAAUGGAUACAGAAACUUCCUCAGCCAAUGGAUCUUUUAUAGAUCUCCCUAAAGAGCUUUUUCAGAUGCUUUCUUCUGCUGGACCUUAUCUUUACCGUGAUACUUUAUUGUUGCAGAAGGUGUGUCGAGUGUUGAGAGGGUACUACUUGUCGGCACUUGAGCUUGUAGGUGGCAGUCAGGCAGUUCUGAACUCUGAGUCAGUUAGUGGCAUAAAUCGAGAUCCUCGCCUGCAUCUAAAGGAAGCAAGGUCAAGGUUAGAGGAUGCCUUGGGAGCAUGUUUACUCCCUUCUUUACAAUUGUUGCCUGCAAACCCUGCAGUUGGACAGGAAAUCUGGGAAGUCAUGAGUCUUCUUCCGUAUGAGGUGCGAUAUCGCUUGUAUGGUGAAUGGGAAAAAGAAGAUGAGAGGAUGCCCAUGCUUCUUGCUGCAAGGCAAACAGCCAAGUUGGACACUAGAAGGAUUUUGAAACGGCUUGCCAAAGAAAACUUAAAGCAGCUUGGUCGGAUGGUUGCAAAAUUAGCUCAUGCUAAUCCAAUGACUGUACUUCGGACCAUUGUUCACCAGAUUGAGGCAUACAGAGAUAUGAUAACUCCUGUUGUAGAUGCAUUUAAGUAUCUUACCCAGCUUGAGUACGAUAUAUUGGAAUAUGUUGUGAUUGAACGUUUGGCACAAGGGGGACGUGAUAAGCUCAAAGAUGAUGGCCUUAAUCUGUCAGACUGGCUUCAAUCCUUGGCUUCAUUUUGGGGUCACCUGUGUAAGAAAUACCCAUCAAUGGAACUGAGGGGCCUUUUCCAAUAUCUUGUGAAUCAGUUGAAAAAGGGGAUAGGGAUUGAACUUGUUCUUCUGCAGGAGCUUAUUCAACAAAUGGCAAAUGUCCAGUACACGGAGCAACUAACUGAAGAACAGCUAGAUGCUAUGGCCGGGAGCGAGACUCUGCGGUAUCAGGCAACCUCUUUUGGCGUGUUGCGAAAUAACAAGGCAUUGGUCAAGUCUACAAACAGACUACGGGACUCAUUACUUCCAAAGGAUGAACCCAAGCCGGCAAUCCCACUGUUGUUACUUAUUGCUCAGCAUCGUUCUUUGGUUGUAAUAAAUGCAGAUGCACCUUACAUUAAGAUGGUUAGUGAGCAAUUUGAUCGUGUUCAUGGAACGCUUCUUCAGUAUGUGGAGUUCCUUUGCAGUUCUGUGACACCAGCAUCAGCUUAUGCUCAGUUGAUUCCCUCACUUGAUGAUCUUGUCCAUCAAUACCACCUUGAUCACGAGGUUGCUUUCUUAAUUUAUCGCCCUGUAAUGAGACUGUUCAAGAUCCCGGGGAGUUCUGAUCUCUUAUGGCCUUUAGACAGCAAUGAUUCAUCCAGUGUUGCAACUGCAAAUUCAGAUUCUGAAACUGCUGAGCACUCUGAUGAUGUGGUUUUGGACCUUGGCUCUCCUCGAGGGCCCAUAGCGUGGUCUGAUCUUCUGAAUACAGUUAAAACCAUGUUGCCAUCAAAAGCUUGGAAUAGCCUUUCCCCUGGCCUCUAUACUACUUUCUGGGGGCUCACUCUUUAUGAUCUUUAUGUUCCUAGAAAUCGGUAUGAAACAGAAAUCUCCAAGCAGCAUGCUGCUCUCAAAGCUCUGGAAGAGCUUUCUGAUAACUCAAGUUCAGCUAUUACGAAAAGGAAGAAAGACAAGGAAAGAAUUCAAGAAUCUCUUGAUCGCCUAACUAAUGAGCUCCGCAAGCACGAGGAAAAUGUUGCCUCUGUCCGUAAGAGACUAUCUCGGGAAAAGGACAAAUGGUUGACUUCCUGCCCUGAUACUUUAAAGAUCAACAUGGAGUUCCUUCAGCGUUGUAUUUUCCCCCGCUGUACUUUCAGUAUGCCAGAUGCUGUCUAUUGUGCUGUAUUUGUACACACUCUCCAUUCACUUGGAACACCAUUUUUCAACACAGUCAACCACAUUGAUAUUCUUAUAUGCAAGUUCUUGCAACCUAUGAUAUGCUGCUGCACUGAAUAUGAAGCCGGUAGACUUGGAAGGUUCUUGUACGAGACAUUGAAGCUUGCUUACUAUUGGAAGAGUGACGAAUCAAUUUAUGAGCGUGAAUGUGGAAACAUGCCAGGCUUUGCUGUAUAUUAUAGAUUACCAAAUAGCCCACGGGUUACGUAUGGCCAGUUCAUCAAGGUACACUGGAAAUGGAGUCAGAGAAUUACACGCUUGUUGAUUCAGUGCCUGGAAUCAACUGAGUAUAUGGAAAUUCGAAAUGCCCUCAUAAUGCUGACAAGAAUUUCAAGUGUUUUCCCAGUUACUAGAAAGAGUGGAAUCAACCUUGAAAAACGGGUCAGUAAGAUCAAAGGUGACGAGAGAGAAGAUCUCAAGGUGUUGGCGACAGGUGUUGCUGCCGCUUUAGCUGCUAGAAAGCCUUCAUGGGUCACAGAUGAAGAAUUCGGCAUGGGCCUCCUUGAAUUGAAGCCACCAUCUCUUGCUCCAAAAUCUUCAGUUGGUAAUGUAGUAGGCAUACAAAGUGGUUCUGCUAUUAAUGUUUCUCAAAAUGAUUUUGCUGGGGUUAAAACUAGUGUUUCAGAUUCUUCUUAUUCAGUCAAAGAUCAGAUGCUAAAAGCAAGACCUACUGAUGUGAGAACGGAAAGAGCAGAAAGUGUUUCUAAUUCAAAAUCUGAUUCAGGAAAUGUAAAGCUGAAAGGUGGGUCAUUACCAAAUGGGUCAGAUGUUCAGCCAUCCGUGCCUUCAGCUGCUUUAACAUCUGGAACAUCAAGAUCAACCGAAAAUCAGAAACAACUGGAUGAUUCCAUGAAUAGACCGUCAGAUGAAAAUAUCACAAAAGUGGCCCUGAAAAACACUUCGGAACCUGAGCUGAGAGCUCAAACAAAGCGAUCCGUGGCUGCUGGAUCACUUACUAAGCCACCAAAACAAGAUGUUGCAAAAGAUGAUAAUAGAACUGGAAAAUCUGUUGGCAGAUCUUCCGGUUCUUCAAUCAGUGACAGAGAUACAUCUCAUUCAUCUGAAGGAAGGCUGAGCGGGGCUGCGAAUGUUUCAUCUGUAGUAUCAGCAAAUGGAAACACAGUCUUGAAAAGCUCAGCUCCAUCCACGAGAACAUCAGAUAUGCAUGGGAGUGACUCAAAGCUAGAGAAUGCAGCCGCCAAGUCUUCUGACUCUAGGGUUUCUGCGCUAAAGGAAGAUGGGGUAGAAGUUCUGGAUGCCCCAAGGCACUCUUCUUCGCGAGCUGUGCAUUCUCCUAGACAGGAACACGCUUCUACUUCAAAAUUGAAUGAUAAGCCGCAAAAGAGAACCAGUCCUGCUGAUAGAAUAAGUAAAAGACGGAAAGGGGACACCGAAGUGAGAGAUUUUGAAGGUGAAUUUCGAUCCUCUGAGCGAGAGAGGUCUGUUGAUGCUCGGUUCGGUGAUCUUGACAAAACUGGUGCUGAUGAACAAAAUAUUCAUAGGGCUGCUGAUAAGCUAGUGGAUCGGUCGAAAGAUAAGGCCAGUGAAAGACAUGAUAAGGAUCAUAGGGAAAAAGAGCGAGCUGAUAAGUCCCGUGGAGAUGAAUUACCAGAGAAAACGAGAGACAGGUCGAUGGAAAGAUAUGGUAGGGAGCGUUCAGUUGAGAGGGGUCAAGAUAGGAGUAGUGAUAGGAAUUUUGAUAGAAUUCCUGAGAAAGGCAAGGACGAUAGAAGUAAAGUACGAUACAAUGAUACAGCUGUAGAAAAAUCUCAUGUUGAUGAUCGAUUAUACGCACAAAACUUGCCGCCACCACCGCCCUUACCUCCUCAUGUGAUUCCCCAAUCUGUUAAUUCUAGUAGAAGAGAUGAAGAUGUUGAUAGAAGGUUUGGAACUACAAGACACUCGCAAAGGCUUUCUCCAAGACAUGAAGAAAAGGAGCGGCGGCGAUCUGAGGAAUCCUUAGUUGCCCAAGAUGAGACAAAACGUAGAAGAGAGGAUGAUUUUCGAGAUAGAAAAAGGGAAGAUCGAGAAGGUUUGUCAAUAAAGGUGGAGGAGAGGGAAAGGGAAAGGGAGAGAGAGAGGGAAAGGGAAAGGGAAAAGGCAAACAUUUUGAAAGAGGAAAUGGAUGCAAGUGGAGCUUCUAAGAGGAGGAAACUUAAGAGGGACCAUUUGCCCUCAGUAGAAGCUGGUGAGUAUUCCCCAGUUGCCCCUCCACCUCCCCUUACUAUUAAUAUGUCACAGUCGUAUGAUGGAAGAGAUAGGGGAGACCGCAAGGGGGCCAUGAUCCAGCGCACUGGUUAUGUGGAGGAACCAAGUCUGCGGGUUCAUGGUAAAGAAAUCGCCAGCAAGAUGACUCGGCGUGACAUUGACCCGAUGCAUGACCGUGAGUGGGAUGAUGAGAAGAGGCAAAGAGCUGAGCUGAAGCGGAGGCAUCGGAAGUAAUGAAAUCGAAAAACUUGAUCAUCACUUUGAUUUUAUUCGGCGUAAGCAAUGAUUUAUACAUCUUUGUACUUGAUGUAGUUCCCGUCCUCAUGUUGUAACAGAUUUUCUAUUGUAAGAAAUUUUGGGUUCCUCCUCAAAGUUCAUUUAUUGGGUAGUUAGUGGCUAGAACCCCAAUGUACAGUAUUGUAAGUUUUGCACUAGUUAUUACUAUUUAUUUACUCUAAUUUGUUCACUAUUUUAUAUGGCCGGCCUUGUACAGGAAAUGUCGAGUUAACUAUUCUUUUGAAGGUUUGAAAUAGUUCAAACCACUUUUC